UUAAAGUUGCAGUACACACUCCCAUCUCACCACCUCUAUAAAUCUCACCUUUUUCAUGUUUUCUCUCUCCUAGGGUUUACUCCAUUCGCUAAAUCAACUCCACACGAAGCUCGCGUGAUCGAAUGCAGUUCAACUGCCUCAUCUUCCAUUGUCAAUCUGUUUGAAGUUUGAUGUUGAAGUUUGGUUGCUAAAAAGGAGUUGGUGAUUUGGAAGUGAAGGUAUAAUGACGUUAAGGGGCGGAGCUAGUGGCUCGUCGGAUCAGCCAACGCCGCCGCAGCGGCGGAUCAUGCGGACUCAGACGGCGGGGAAUCUUGGGGAGUCAAUAUUUGAUAGUGAGGUGGUGCCAUCGUCGUUGGUGGAGAUUGCUCCCAUUCUUCGUGUGGCUAAUGAAGUUGAGCCGAGUAACCCUAGGGUUGCUUAUCUUUGUCGGUUUUACGCAUUUGAGAAAGCCCAUAGGCUUGACCCCACUUCUAGUGGACGUGGUGUUCGUCAAUUCAAAACUGCCCUUCUUCAGCGGCUUGAAAGAGAAAAUGAUCCGACCUUGAUUGGGAGGAUGAAGAAAAGCGAUGCGCGUGAAAUGCAAAGCUUUUAUCGACACUACUACUCAAAGUACAUCCAAGCUUUGCAAAGUGCUGCUGACAAGGCAGACCGUGCACAGCUUACCAAAGCAUACCAAACUGCUAAUGUUCUCUUUGAGGUUUUAAAGGCUGUUAAUCAAACACAAGCAGUGGAAGUUGACCGGGAGAUUCUGGAAACGCAUGAUAAAGUUGCACAAAAGACAGAGAUCUAUCUCCCGUACAAUAUACUACCUCUUGAUCCGGAUAGUGCCAAUCAGGCCAUCAUGAGAUACCCGGAGAUUCAAGCUGCUGUUGUUGCUCUUCGUAACACGAGGGGUCUUCCAUGGCCCAGGGAAUAUAAGAAGAAAAAUGAAGAAGACAUUCUAGAUUGGCUUCAAGCUAUGUUUGGGUUUCAGAAAGAUAAUGUGGCAAACCAGCGGGAGCAUCUGAUUUUGUUGCUUGCAAAUGUUCAUAUUCGUCAAAUUCCUAAACCUGACCAGCAGCCCAAGCUGGAGGAGCGCGCAUUGAAUGAAGUGAUGAAGAAACUUUUCAAGAACUACAAGAAAUGGUGCAAGUACUUGGACCGAAAAAGCAGUCUUUGGUUGCCAACCAUACAACAAGAAGUUCAACAGCGUAAAUUACUGUAUAUGGGUCUUUAUCUUCUCAUUUGGGGGGAGGCUGCUAACUUGAGAUUUAUGCCCGAGUGCCUCUGCUACAUCUAUCAUCAUAUGGCUUUUGAGCUGUACGGUAUGCUAGCCGGCAAUGUCAGUCUAAUGACUGGCGAGAAUGUAAAACCAGCUUAUGGAGGAGACGAGGAAGCAUUUUUGACAAAAGUGGUUACUCCUAUCUAUGAAGUCAUUAAAAGGGAAGCUGCCUGGAGCAAAGUAGGGAGAUCAAAACAUUCUCAAUGGAGAAACUAUGAUGAUCUAAAUGAGUAUUUUUGGUCUGUAGAUUGUUUCCGGUUAGGUUGGCCAAUGCGUGCUGAUGCUGAUUUUUUCUCUCAUCCUGAGAAGUUACGCGAGUCUGAAAAAAAUGGGGAUGGCAAACCAAAUAAUAAACAUCGACGGGUCGCCAAAGUCAAUUUUGUUGAGAUAAGAUCGUAUUGGCAUGUUUUUAGAAGCUUCGACAGAAUGUGGAGUUUUUUUAUAUUGUGCUUACAGGCUAUGAUUAUUAUAGCUUGGAAUGGUGAUGGUAACCCAACCUCAAUAUUUAACUCUGACGUUUUUCAGAAAGUACUUAGUGUAUUUAUAACCGCUUCAAUAUUGAAGCUUGGUCAAGCUGUUUUAGAUGUGGUACUAAAUUGGAAGGCAAGAGAAUGCAUGCCCUUUUAUGUCAAACUGCGAUACCUUUUAAAGGUUGUAUCAGCUGCAGCCUGGGUGAUAGUCUUACCAGUUACUUACGCGUACACGUCAAAAGAUCCAGCUGGACUUGCUCAAACAAUUAAAGGUUGGUUUGGGAACAGCCAAGGUUCUCCAUCAUUGUUCAUUUUGGCUGUUGUUAUAUACUUGUCACCAAACAUGCUGGCUGCGGUGUUGUUUCUGUUCCCCUUCAUACGUCGUUACCUUGAGAGUUCAGACUACAGAAUUAUGAUGCUCAUGAUGUGGUGGUCUCAGCCUCGACUUUAUGUUGGGAGGGGAAUGCACGAAAGCACAUUUUCACUUUUCAAGUACACAACCUUUUGGAUUCUGCUCAUUAUCACUAAGCUGGCUUUCAGUUACUAUUUAGAGAUAAAGCCACUUGUGGGUCCUACAAAAGCUAUCAUGCGUGUUCAUAUCAGAACUUACGCAUGGCAUGAGUUCUUCCCUCAGGCAAGGAACAAUAUUGGUGUGGUGGUUGCACUCUGGGCUCCAAUUAUUCUUGUGUAUUUUAUGGAUACCCAAAUUUGGUAUGCUAUUUUCUCUACAAUAUUUGGAGGUGUUUAUGGGGCGUUCCGUCGUCUUGGAGAGAUUCGAACCCUUGGGAUGUUACGGUCCCGUUUUGAGUCGUUACCUGGAGCAUUUAAUGGUUGCUUGAUUCCUCCCGAGAAAAGUGAUCCAGUGAGAAAGAAAGGACUUAAGGCUACCUUGUCUCGUAAUUACGAUGCAAUUUCCUAUUCCAAAGAGAAAGAGGCUGCAAGAUUUGCUCAGUUAUGGAACAAAAUUAUCACAAGUUUCCGAGAGGAAGAUCUUAUUAAUAAUCGGGAAAUGAACCUCUUGCUUGUUCCGUAUUGGGCUGACCGAGACUUGGGCCUAAUUCAGUGGCCUCCGUUUCUGCUUGCUAGCAUGAUCCCUAUUGCAUUGGAUAUGGCGAAAGACAGCAAUGGAAAAGACCGUGAGCUGAAAAAGAGGAUCGAGAAUGACAGUUAUAUGUCUUGUGCUGUUCGUGAAUGCUACGCUUCGUUUCGCAAUAUUAUUAAGUUUUUGGUUCGUGGCAGUCGUGAGAGGAAGGUAAUUGAUGAUAUAUUUGAGGAAGUUGACAAACAUAUUGAUAAUGGUGAUCUAGUUAGAGAUUUCAAAAUGAGUGCCCUGCCUAUUCUCUACGAUCAUGUUGUCAAGCUUCUUAAAUACUUGCUAACAAAUAAGCAGGAGGACCGGGAUCAAGUUGUAAUUCUUUUCCAGGAUAUGCAUGAAGUUGUGACAAGAGACAUAAUGGAAGAACGUUUGGAAGGGCAAGAAGAUGAGGUUGAUGAACAGAUUCAGCUAUUUCAACCUGCAGGAGCAAUCAUGUUCCCGACUCCAGAAUCAGAAGCUUGGAAGGAGAAAAUCAAUAGGUUGUACCUAUUGCUUACAGUGAAGGAAUCUGCUAUGGAUGUGCCUUCAAACUUGGAAGCUAGACGACGUAUAUCUUUCUUCUCCAAUUCAUUAUUUAUGGACAUGCCCUCAGCCCCCAAAGUCCGCAAUAUGCUUUCCUUCUCUGUACUCACCCCGUAUUACACCGAGGAGGUUCUCUUUUCAUUGCAUGAUUUGGAAGUUCCAAAUGAGGAUGGGGUAUCAAUCCUCUUCUAUUUGCAGAAGAUUUUCCCAGAUGAGUGGAACAACUUUCUUGAGAGAGUCAAUUGCUCCAGUGAAGACGACCUAAAGGAAAGCGAUCAAUUAGAAGAUCAGCUGCGUCUUUGGGCUUCUUAUAGAGGACAAACGUUGACCAAAACUGUUAGGGGAAUGAUGUAUUAUCGUAAAGCAUUGGAACUUCAGGCAUUCCUUGAUAUGGCUAAAGAUGAAGAUCUGAUGGAAGGGUAUAAGGCGAUUGAGUUGAAUGAGGAUCAGAUGAAGGGUGAAAGGUCAUUGUGGGCCCAGUGUCAAGCCGUAGCUGAUAUGAAAUUUACAUAUGUGGUUUCAUGCCAACAAUAUGGUAUUCAAAAGCGAUCCGGUGAUCCUCGUGCACAAAAUGUUCUGAGGCUAAUGACUGAGUACCCAUCUCUUCGUGUUGCUUAUAUUGAUGAGGUUGAGGAGCCUAGCAAAGAUGCAACUAAAAAGAUUAACCAGAAAGUUUAUUACUCUGCUCUUGUCAAAGCUAUGCCAAAUUCCAAUGCUUCUGAGACGGGACAGAACUUGGAUCAGGUUAUUUACAAGAUAAAAUUACCCGGACCUGCAAUUCUGGGAGAAGGAAAGCCUGAGAAUCAGAAUCACGCUAUCAUCUUCACACGUGGAGAAGGCUUGCAGACUAUAGACAUGAACCAGGACAAUUACAUGGAAGAAGCCUUAAAGAUGAGGAACCUGCUUCAAGAAUUUCUUAAAAAGCAUAAUGAUGUGAGGUAUCCUACGAUAUUGGGACUUCGGGAGCAUAUUUUUACUGGAAGUGUUUCUUCUCUUGCAUGGUUUAUGUCCAAUCAAGAAACAAGCUUUGUAACAAUUGGUCAGAGAUUACUCGCCAACCCUUUGAAGGUUCGUUUUCACUAUGGUCAUCCAGAUGUCUUUGAUAGACUUUUUCAUCUUACACGAGGGGGUGUGAGCAAAGCCUCCAAGAUUAUAAAUCUCAGCGAGGACAUAUUUGCUGGUUUUAAUUCUACACUCCGUGAAGGCAAUGUCACGCAUCAUGAGUAUAUACAAGUUGGUAAAGGUCGGGAUGUCGGUCUAAAUCAAAUUUCUCUGUUUGAGGCAAAAAUCGCCAAUGGAAAUGGGGAACAAACACUUAGCCGCGAUCUAUACCGGCUUGGGCAUCGGUUUGACUUUUUCAGAAUGUUAUCGUGUUACUUCACUACAAUCGGUUUCUACUUUAGUACUUUGAUAACUGUAUUGACCGUAUACGUGUUCCUCUACGGGCGCCUUUAUCUUGUACUUAGUGGACUUGAGCAAGGGCUAAGUACUGAACCCGCCAUUCGCCACAAUAAACCACUUCAAGUGGCUCUCGCUUCACAAUCAUUUGUCCAAAUCGGAUUCUUAAUGGCAUUGCCUAUGAUGAUGGAAAUAGGUCUCGAACGAGGUUUCCGAACCGCAUUAAGCGAGUUCAUUCUCAUGCAAUUACAACUCGCCCCAGUGUUCUUCACAUUCUCGCUCGGAACAAAGACUCACUACUACGGUAGAACAUUACUUCACGGAGGUGCAAAGUACAGAGCAACAGGUCGUGGGUUUGUCGUCUUUCACGCAAAGUUCGCCGAAAACUACCGUCUUUACUCGCGCAGCCAUUUCGUCAAGGGAAUCGAGCUUAUGAUAUUGCUUCUUGUGUAUCAAAUUUUUGGUCAGUCGUACAGAGGGGCGAUCGCUUACCUUUUGAUCACGAUCUCAAUAUGGUUUAUGGUUGGCACGUGGCUGUUCGCUCCGUUUCUUUUCAAUCCUUCGGGUUUUGAGUGGCAAAAGAUUGUCGAUGAUUGGUCUGAUUGGAAUAAGUGGAUUAACAACCAAGGUGGUAUCGGGGUUCCUCCUGAGAAGAGUUGGGAAUCUUGGUGGGAAGAAGAACAAGAACAUCUACAUUAUUCUGGAAAGCGCGGUGUUAUAGUCGAGAUCUUGUUAUCGUUAAGGUUUUUCAUUUAUCAAUAUGGGCUUGUUUAUCAUCUAACUAUGACAAAGCAUCAGAAGAGUGUUCUGGUUUAUGGUAUAUCAUGGGUGGUGAUCUUUGCCAUUUUGUUGGUGGUGAAGGCUGUAUCAUUUGGACGGAUGAAGUUCAGUGCAAAGUUUCAACUCGUUUUCCGGCUAAUCAAAGGGGCGAUCUUCGUCAUGUUUGUCUCGAUUCUCGUGAUCUUGAUUGCCCUUCCUCAUAUGACCCUGCAAGACAUCUUUGUGUGCAUUCUUGCCUUCAUGCCAACUGGCUGGGGUUUACUACUGAUUGCACAAGCAUGCAAACCGGUAGUGAAGUCAGCUGGAUUCUGGGGAUCGGUGAAGACACUUGCGAGAGGUUACGAGAUAGUGAUGGGCCUACUUCUGUUCACACCAGUUGCGUUUCUUGCAUGGUUUCCGUUUGUUUCAGAAUUCCAAACACGUAUGCUCUUCAACCAAGCCUUCAGUAGAGGUCUGCAAAUAUCGCGUAUUCUUGGUGGACAUAGGAAAGAUCGGUCAGCUAGGAACAAAGAGUAGUGAUUUUGUAACAAAAUGCAGUAACUGUUUCAAGGCCCGAGUUAUGCUGCAUUUUUUUGGUAGGUUGGUAGCUAAUUUUCUUUAAUUGUGCAUUAAGCUUAUGAACACAGCAGUGCCUAUGUAUUAUCUGUAUUCAGAAAUUAUUCUUUUGUGUUUUCAUGUACAUUAUGCUCUUGGCCUGCUAUGUAUGCCUGAAACUUAAACAAAUUAUUCUACUUCUUUCAUGAAGGCUCAUCAUUACUAUUU